GAAAUCAUGGAGAGCACGAGCAUCCCUCCGGCAUCGGUGACUCCCCGCUGGGAUGUGUUUCCCCAGAAGACCUUGGACUCUGUGGACAUCGUUGUUCUCGUGCUGUACUUCGUGUUUGUCCUGGCUGUUGGGCUGUGGUCCAUGUGGAAGACCCAGCGCAGCACGGUGAAAGGCUACUUCCUGGCCGGAGGAGAGAUGGUUUGGUGGCCUGGGAUGUUUUGCGUUUUGGUGCUGGCCUGGCUGUUCCUUCCGAUUUACAUAGCAGCGGGAGUCGACAUGUACGCCGGGGCCCUCUUCAUCCAGCAAGCCCUGCACUGGGACCUCUACAUCGCCGUCGCGGGGCUGCUGGCCGUCACGGCCGUCUACACGGUGGCAGGUGGUCUGGCAGCUGUAAUCUACACAGACGCUCUGCAAACUUUCAUCAUGCUGAUUGGGGCUGUGACUCUCAUGAUCUUCAGCUUCGUUGAGGUUGGUGGCCUCGAGGGUUUGCAGACCAAGUACUUCGAGGCCGUUCCCAGCCGCCGCGCGGGCAACGGCAGGGGAGGGGGGGCCCACCAAGCCUUCCGAGACCCCGUGAGCUCCGACCUUCCCUGGCCGGGGGUUUUGGUAGGAAUGACCAUCCCGUCUCUGUGGUACUGGUGCACAGACCAGGUCAUCGUGCAAAGGUCCCUUGCUGCUAAAAACCUCUCCCAUGCCAAAGGAGGCUCCCUGAUGACCUCCUACUUGAAAAUUUUGCCCCUCUUUAUGAUGGUAAUGCCUGGCAUGAUCAGCCGGAUCCUCUUCCCGGACCUGGUGGCUUGUGCAGACCCAGAGAUUUGCCGGCAGAUCUGCGGGAAUCCCUCCGGCUGCUCCGACAUCGCCUACCCCAAGCUGGUCAUUGAACUGCUGCCCGUGGGACUCCGCGGCCUCAUGAUGGCAGUGAUGAUCGCAGCGCUGAUGUCCUCCUUGACCUCCAUCUUCAACAGCUCCAGCACCAUCUUCACCAUGGACCUCUGGAAACACUUUCGGCCUCGCUGUUCCGAGUGGGAGCUCAUGAUCAUUGGCAGGGUGUUUGUGCUGCUGCUCACCGUGGUGUCCAUCCUGUGGAUCCCGCUGGUACAGGCUGGCCAGGGAGGGCAGCUCUUUAUCUACAUCCAGUCGAUCAGCUCCUACCUGCAGCCCCCCGUGGCCAUGGUGUUUAUUCUGGGUUGCUUCUGGAAAAGAGCAAACGAACAGGGCGCGUUCUGGGGCCUGGUGACAGGGCUGCUGCUGGGCUUCAUUCGGCUGGUGCUGGACUUCAUUUAUCCAGAGCCCCAGUGCGGGCAGCCAGACGUCAGACCAGGUGUGGUGAAACACAUGCACUAUCUCUACUUCUCCAUGGUCCUAGCUGCGGUUUCUACAAUCACUGUGCUGCUUGUGAGCUUGCUCACAGAACCCCCCGCGGAAGAAAUGAUAAGUCGGCUUACCUGGUUCACCCGUGGGGAUCUACCAGUCAAGCAGGACCUAGCAGGCAGCUGUUCCCCUGGCGCUGGAAACGGAGCGUGUGAAGCUGAGCGUCCAGCUUUCCAGAUUGAUAUAAGCAUUGCCUCUGAAAAUAGUUCAAAUGAUAAUAAAUGUAAGUGCUCUGACACCGUACUCAGUAACUCCUAAAAUUAACAAUCCUAGGUACUAGGUAAAGGCUCUGAAGACAAGAAAUGUUAAAACUGCUUCCUCUGGAUUUCUGUAGCGUCAGGGCAUGCUAGGAGGUUUUUACGUGAGGGUUUUAGCUAAGCAUAAGUGCAGUUUCCUUU